AAACAAAAGCGUCACCACCAAAGUCUCCGUGCACCUUUCCGAAGAAAGUUUACGCUAAGGCGCAGCCCGACUCAGAACGCCUGCGCGCGCCAACCGCGGCCCCGCCUCUUCGUUGAGGACGUAAAACGUGCGCCGAGAGGCGGGACGCGGGCUGCGCAUGCGCUCUCUUUGCGUCAGCCACUUGCUCGGAGCUGACGGCUGCAGUACCGAGAGUUUCUGGUUCCCUGCCGUGUCUGCCGGGCGCUCUCGGCGCGCCGCGUGGGGAGACUAAGACAGGAAGGGCUAAAGUAAGUGUCCCUCUCGGCAGUAUGAGUCAGAGCUAGAGUAUUUCCUUCCCUCCCGGCAAGUGCCCUUAGAAACCGGACCCCGCCCCCUUCCUGGCCUAGUCGCCCUUUCCCCCCGCCCCUCGCCCCUUUCGCUUUGGGGACCCCAUCAGUUCACCUUAUUCUGUUAGUGAGCCUCUGCUAAGGCCAUGAAGCUCGUGAGGAAGGACAUUGAGAAGGACAAUGCGGGGCAGGUGACCCUGGUCCCUGAGGAACCUGAGGACAUGUGGCACACUUACAAUCUAGUACAGGUGGGCGACAGCCUUCGCGCCUCCACUAUCCGUAAGGUACAGACCGAGUCCUCCACAGGCAGCGUGGGAAGCAACCGCGUCCGUACUACGCUCACUCUCUGCGUGGAAGCCAUCGACUUUGACUCUCAAGCCUGCCAGCUGCGGGUCAAAGGGACCAAUAUCCAAGAGAAUGAGUAUGUCAAGAUGGGAGCUUACCACACCAUCGAGCUGGAGCCCAACCGCCAGUUCACCCUGGCCAAGAAACAGUGGGAUAGUGUGGUUCUGGAGCGCAUUGAGCAGGCCUGUGACCCGGCCUGGAGUGCUGAUGUGGCAGCUGUGGUCAUGCAGGAAGGCCUCGCCCAUAUCUGCUUAGUCACUCCCAGCAUGACCCUCACUCGUGCCAAGGUGGAGGUGAACAUCCCUAGAAAAAGGAAAGGCAACUGCUCCCAGCAUGAUCGAGCUUUGGAGCGGUUCUAUGAACAGGUGGUCCAGGCCAUACAGCGCCACAUAAACUUCGAUGUUGUAAAGUGUGUCCUGGUGGCCAGCCCAGGAUUUGUGCGGGAACAGUUCUGCGACUACAUGUUUCAACAAGCAGUGAAGACAGACAACAAAGUUCUCCUGGAAAACCGGUCCAAAUUCCUUCAGGUACAUGCCUCCUCUGGACACAAGUACUCCCUGAAAGAGGCCCUUUGUGACCCUACUGUAGCUAGCCGCCUUUCAGACACUAAAGCUGCUGGGGAAGUUAAAGCCUUGGAUGACUUCUAUAAAAUGUUACAACAUGAACCUGACCGAGCUUUCUAUGGACUCAAGCAAGUGGAGAAGGCCAAUGAAGCAAUGGCUAUUGACACACUGCUCAUCAGUGAUGAGCUCUUCAGACACCAGGAUGUAGCCACACGCAGCCGGUAUGUAAGGCUGGUGGACAGUGUGAAAGAGAAUGCAGGAACUGUUAGGAUAUUCUCUAGCCUUCAUGUAUCUGGGGAACAGCUCAGCCAACUGACUGGAGUAGCCGCCAUUCUUCGCUUUCCUGUUCCUGAACUUUCUGACCAAGAGGAUGAUUCCAGUUCUGAUGAAGACUAAUUAAUGAUUGAGACAAGCUGUGUCUCACUCCAUUGUUACAUUUUUUUUUCAGCAUCCUUUAACAGAAAGCUGCAAGAGUGCAAGACUUUUUGAUUCAUACUGGGAUUUCUUGCAUAUUUGGUCACACUAGAUUAUUAUAUGGUUUUCAGAACAUGUAUUUAAACUAAACAAUAAACUUAAAUAAGCUCCAUGUUUUAUAUUUAUUAAUCAGGAUAUUUACAUGUACUUAGAAACAAAUUUUUGUAUAUCUAAUAAGAAUACUCAUUCUGGGGAUAGAUCAUAAAAUCUCACAUUUGCAUACUUUGAAUUAGAUUUCCUUAUGAAAGAAAGCUACUUUAUCUCAUCUGAAGUUUUCAUUGUUUAUUUUAAUUCUGCAUGGUGUUCUUGCAUUGCAUUUAAUGAUCCUUUUUUACCCACCUCCCGACACACUCCAUUUUUUUUAGACAUAAAUGCAUUUCCUAUUUUAACUGAUAGCCAAACAAUUUGUAAACUUUUAAGACAAGUUUAAAAUGGUAUUUUUUAGAAUAGAUUUGUUAAACUAAUCAUAUUAAAAAUAACUCGUGGUGCUUGUUCAUUGUUAGGAUUAAUCAUACUUGCUUUAGAGGAAUACUUAAUCUGUCCUUUUGAGAUCAUGGAGUUAAUCUAGGGACUUUCAGAUAAUCUCUUUGGGGACUGUUUUUUUAAAUAAGACUAAGAUAGGUGACUGGGUUGUUAGGUAGCUAACCAGUGGCAAAGCUGGAAAUAGUCCCCAAUUUACAUUUCAGAUCUUCACAUUGAAACACUGCCACACUUACCUUAUUUGUUUAUUUACUUAUUUUGGCUUGUCAAAGUUACACUUAAUUCUGUCUUUAAUUUGUGGAAUUAGUCUGUGCUUUCACAAUCUUACUGUACUAUUUUAGGUUUUAAGCAUAUUCAGAAAGUUUGAGUCAGUCAUAUUUGUGCACAGCAGUUCCUUACUGUAAUUAGGGGAUUUCUGUGAUAGCUCAGAGUUUAAAAUAUUAUUUGUAUUAAGUGGUUUUUUGUUGUUUUGUUUUGUUUUGUUUUCAGUGCUAGGAAUCAAACCCAGGGGCACUCUUCUACUAAGCCACAUCCUCAGCCCUUUCUACUUUUUUUUAUUUUAAGGCAGGUCUCACUGAUCUGUCCAGGCUAGAUUCUUAACUUGUUAUUUUCCUACCUCAUCCUCCCAAGUAGCUGGGAGUACAGGUGUGCCACUGCCCCUAGCUUUUAUUAAGUAUUAUGAAUAUGCAUUUCUAAGAGUUAUAGAAGGAGCUUUCAGAGUGGAAUUGAAUUUUGACCUUUUACAAACCUCAACUUAGAAAAAUAAUUAGGAAAGAUCUUAGAGUGAUAAUUCACUUUGUAACUCCUGGAUCAAUGAUUCCUACCUCAAAUAGGGUUACUAAGUAAACUUUUGCUUGUGUCUGUCAUCCUUCCUCAUCUUAUAACGGGUUUGGGGAUUAUUUUUUAUAAACUCCUAGCUAGUCUGAACCUUUUCAUCUAAUGUUGGCAACUGACACGUCCAUAUACUUUAAAAUCAGAUGUUUGUAUUUUUAUAUAUCCACCUCCUAAUCUAAAAAGAAUUCAUUGUCAUUUCAUUAUAAUUCCAUAAAUAAAGUAUAAAAGUUUUAUUAAAUAAUUUAGGAAUAUAGAAAGAAGCCACUAAGAUUAUUAAAGUGACAAUCUGAUAAUCAGUAAGAAUUUCAAAAUUUGGGGGCAUCUUAAUAUAAAGAUCUAUGCAGUACUGAGAUGAAAUUAAUAAAUCUAGGAAAUACAGUUUAGGCCAUAGAUUCUGAAAAGUUUGCUUCACUUAGAGAGCUCUUUAAAUUCUCCAUGUCCAACUGGGGAUGGUGGGGCAUACAUGUAAUCCCACAGGCUUGGGAGGCUGAGGUAGAAGAAUGGCAAGUUCAAAGCCAACCUCAGUAACUUAGCAAGGCCCUAAUCAACUUAUCGAGACCCUGUCUUUAAAUAAAAUACAAAAAAGGGCUGGGGAUGUUGCUCAAUGGUUAAGUGCCCCUGGGUUGAAUCCUGGAACCAAGAAAAAAAGGGUUGGGGAAAUGGGUCAGUGAUUAAUUGUCCCUGGUACCAAAAAAAAAAAAAAAAAAUAACUCCAUGCCCAGACUGCACCCCA